GCGGUCCCGAAAUCCAAAUAUUAUACAUACCUGCAUUCCAUUUUGUUUACAUUCCUUCGUAGUAAGUGUGUGCCGUGUACGUGAUAUUUUAUUUGCUUCAUCGCGUUUUGAUAAUUGUACGCUUUUUAAACUUGUAUUGAAUCUACAGUCAUUAAGGACACCGAAAACUAUCAAGCGAUUAAGCGAGAGUAAUGUUCUCAAAGAAAAAGAAAAAACCACAAAUAUCUUCACCUACUAAUUUUGAGCACAGAGUGCAUACUGGAUUUGAUAAGCGAGAAAAUAAAUUUAUAGGUCUACCUUUACAAUGGGCAAGUAUAGUAGGUAAUAAUCAAAUACUUAAAAGUACAAACAGGCCAUUACCUCUUGUGGAUCCAUCUGAAAUAACACCAACAGAAAUACUCGAUCUGAAGACUAUUGUACGUGGAGAAAACAACAUUAAACUUCCUACCCCUAUAAGCAAUCGAAAUAAUAAUGACCCAUCAGGCCUACCAAAAACAUCUAAUGUCGCUCGUUCAAAUUCAUUACGUUCAUCAAGUCCACCUCGUAUUCGUCGGCAGCAUCCAAAUGUACCACCACCAUUGCCUGAAAAUGAAGUCUUAGUUAUGAAUCAGAGUUUGGUUCCACAUCACUUACCUCAGUAUCCACAACCCAGCAAUUCACAAACAAAGCUUGAUUACAGCAACAAAUAUGCAAAACCUGGAUGUCCAGAGUGGUCUGGACAAGAAACGCCAGUAUCAAGAAUGAAUCAUUCAGAUACACCAGUUGGUCAGAUGAUAACAGCUGAUCAAAUGGGAUCACAUUCGUAUCAUCCUAUGCAAAAUGGAAAUAUUUCCUCUGUGUUUACAAAUGGUACUGCGGUUGACUCUCCAUCGGGAAGCCAAACUUCUCAAGCCAAUACUCCAGUGCCUCCAAAUCGCUCUCAUCCUAUUAUAAAUAAUGCUCAGAUAGUCAGCACAAACAAAGGUAUUAGCCAAAAUCUACAUAGACUUCCAGAUCAAAACCAGAAUUUGAAACCUACAACAAAUGGAAUGUCUUCAGUCAGCAAUACAUCAAUUCCUAGUGUUGCUACUAAACAACAUCAUGAACAGCAGCGUAUUACACAUGAACAAUUCAGAGCAGCUCUACAACUUGUAGUUAGUCCAGGUGAUCCUCGUGAAAAUUUGGACAGUUUUAAAAAAAUCGGUGAAGGUUCUACAGGCACAGUUUGUAUUGCUACAGACCGAAUUACUGGCCGCAAAGUAGCUGUGAAGAAAAUGGAUUUACGAAAACAACAACGUAGAGAGCUAUUGUUCAACGAAGUUGUUAUUAUGAGGGAUUACCAUCAUGCCAACAUAGUAGACAUGUAUGAUAGUUUUUUGGUCGGCGAUGAGUUGUGGGUUGUUAUGGAGUAUUUGGAAGGUGGAGCGCUUACAGAUAUGGUUACACACACUAGAAUGGAUGAAGAACAAAUCGCCACAGUUUGUAAACAAUGUUUAAAAGCUCUAGCUUAUUUGCAUUCACAAGGAGUUAUACAUAGAGAUAUAAAGAGCGACUCCAUACUCUUGACCACAGACGGAAGAGUAAAAAUUUCCGAUUUUGGUUUUUGUGCUCAAGUGUCUCAAGAACUACCUAAGAGAAAAUCAUUAGUUGGAACACCAUAUUGGAUGUCUCCAGAAGUGAUAUCACGUUUACCUUAUGGGCCGGAAGUUGACAUUUGGUCAUUAGGAAUAAUGGUCAUAGAAAUGGUUGAUGGUGAACCACCUUUCUUCAAUGAACCGCCCUUACAAGCCAUGCGAAGAAUUCGUGACAUGCCUCCACCUAAACUAAAAAAUUCCAAUAAAAUAUCUCCAAGACUACAAGGUUUCUUGGAAAGGUUGUUGGUGAGAGAUCCAGCACAAAGAGCGACUGCGGCUGAGUUAUUGCAACAUCCAUUUUUAAGGUUGGCCGGUCCACCAUCGCUUUUAGUGCCAUUAAUACGAGGCUCGAGACAUAGCAACUGUUAAGAGGUAAACGACACAAUGUUCGUUUGUGCAAUUUUUGUUAUUUAUUACUUAUUAUUAUUAUUUUUUUAUUGUAAUUAUUUUUUGACUUAAUUCAAAUGUAUCUUAUACAAGUUACUUAAAAUGUGUAACUUAUAAAAAAAAUUAUAAGUAACAAAAUAUACAAUGACGGCAAUUUUGAUAAUUUUAAUACCUACCACAGGUGGUAUUUUAAAACAUUGAAAAUAUUUGUUAUCAACAUUUUUUUUAUGUGCUCAAUGUAUAAUUAUUUUACUUAUAAACAAGAACUAGUGCCUUAAUAUAACUAAUCGAUUUUGUUACAAAGUUAUAAUAAUACGUUUUAGUUGUUUUGCUCUCCAUAAUUGUAAUAAAAACCUAGAACUCUGAUAGAGUGAUAGUAUGGAUAAACAUUUAAACUAUAAACAUAUACUAUCUUAUCUUGUGCCUUAUAAAUUUUAAGAAAAAACUAAAACAUUUUUUAUUGUUAUAGUUUUUGUUGUACUUAUAUCAUUGAUUGCAUACCAUGUGUAACACUACUCCUAACUUGUUACUUAAUUUUUUCUAAGAAAAUUAUAAUUUUUAAAUAUUAUAUUUAUAGAUACAUAAUUUUGUAUGUAUUUCACACCACACACAUAGUUUUCAUAAAUAUCAAAAUUUAUGAAAUUCUACAUUCCAAUUCUAUUACCAUUUUCUACGCACUCUUUAAUUAUUAGCUGAUAUUUUAUUUUUUGUAUUAAGAUAUAGUUAACAGUUAAAAUUGUUAAAAUAGUGUUGUAGAUAAUAGAUGCAACGCAUACAAGGUACAACUCUACAUUCCAAUUAUUAUUGAUUAAUAUAUUAAAUAAUUGUAUACAUUUAAUUGUUAUUUUCUAAAUCAAUCUUAAAUUUUUUUUUACAGUUGGAUAAUUUUAAGUCUUCUAGUCAUAAAAAACACAUUCAUUUAGUAGAGUUUUAAUAACUUUCAUUUCUACUUAUCGCUUAAUGUUAACUCGAGAACAAAUAAAACUUAAACAAUAAAUUAAGUUAUUAUUAUCUUAAUUUGACAGUAAAUUUCCUUUAUAAAACACUCCUCAACGUGUAUUGA